UCAUGCAUUUCCUUGUGUGGACUAGCCAAUUAAAAGUUUGCUUCCUGCAGGUAUCCGGCUGGGAGUUUGAAUGCACUGUUCUCAGGUGAAACAUCUGCUAAAGGAGAAGGCUGGUUUACUUUUUUCUGUACUCUUAUUAAGACACUCCGUACGUUUACGGAAACUAAUUCAAGAUCUAGUGGCUGUCCGAUAAACACAUAACAAAGAUCUGAAGAAGCACAGGAACAGCCAACACUAUUUUGGAUUGGAAUUAAACUUUGUUUGCCCCUUUUGGUGAUCCAGCAGCAUCCAAUGAUGAAUCAAAAAGAUCCAUCAGAAGAACAGGUGGAAAGCUCUGUUUCCUUCUGCCUGGUCUGUGGCCAGCCCCAUCUACCAGAAGAGAACCAUGUAUAUAGCUACACUGAAGAAGUGGAUGAUGACCUGAUCUGCCACAUUUGUUUGCAGCCUUUGCUUCAACCUCUGGACACACCUUGUGGGCACACCUAUUGCACUGUCUGCCUUACAGAUUUCCUAGUGGAAAAAGACUUCUGCCCUGUGGAUCGUAAACCUUUGAUCUUACAGACUUGCCGGAAAUCCAGCCUCCUAGUAAAUAAACUCCUGGAUAAGCUAAUGGUUAGCUGCCCUUUCACAGAACACUGCUCAGAGGUCGUGCAACGCAGUAACCUUGAGCAACAUUUUCAAAAUGGAUGUAAAGGAGCCUCUCAUUAUGGCCUUACCAAGGAACGGAAGCGGCGUUCGCAGGAUGGCUCUCCUGAUUCGAACCCUGCUCUGACUGUGGCCGCACUUGGCCCAGAGUUCUCUGCUGCCGCCACUAUAGCCUUAAUGACUGAUGAGCCAGGCUUAAUAAAUCCAGCCUUCAGCACCACCUCAGACGACAGUCAGUCAGGAGCCGCCUCUACAGAUCUUCACAGAAGCAGUCAAACAAGAUCUCGACAUUUUGAACGCUCCACUGUAAGAAGCAGGUCUUUUAAAAAGAUUAACAGAGCUUUCAGUGUUCUUCGAAGGACAAAAAGUGGCAGUGCCGUUACUAACCACUCUGAACGGGGACAAGAGAAUGUUGAAAAUUUUAUUGCCUCAGAAGAAGCCUUCCCCAGGUUGUAUCAUCUCAUCCCAGAUGGUGAAAUUACCAGCAUUAAGAUCAACCGCACCAAUUCCAAUGAAAGCCUUGCCAUUCGGAUUGUGGGAGGCAAUGAAACGCCACUGGUGCACAUCAUCAUACAACACAUCUAUCAAGAUGGAAUCAUUGCCAGAGAUGGGAGACUACUGCCUGGGGACAUGAUACUGAAGGUAAAUGGCAUUGACAUCAGAAACGUGCCACACAGCUACGCUGUGUCAGUCCUGAAGCAGCCUUGCCAAGUCCUCCGGCUCACCGUCCUCAGAGAGCAGAGGUACCGGUGCCAUAACAGUGGACUUUCUCUCAACAUUCCCUGUAACCGGGAUGACAGCUUUCAUUUGGUUCUAAACAAAAGGAGCCCCGAUGAGCAGCUGGGUAUCAAGCUGGUUCGCAAGGCUGAUGAAACAGGGGUGUUUGUUUUCAACUUGCUGGAAGGAGGUGUUGCUGCCCGAGAUGGGCAACUUCAAAAGAACGACCGAGUCUUGGCAAUUAACGGACAUGAUCUACGAUAUGGAAGUCCAGAAAGUGCAGCCUACCUGAUACAGGCCAGUGAGAAGCGAGUUCAGUUCACUGUGUCUCGGCAAACCAGGCCACAAACCCCUGACAUCUUGCAGGAGGCUGGCUGGGAUUAUAACGGGAGCCAUCCGCCCUUCCCGGUUCUGAGGAAAAAUCCUAACAAGCCUUUCCUCCAUGCAGUCACCUGUCAUGAGAAAGUGGUGGUUGUCCAAAAAGAUAAUACAGAUUCCUUGGGGAUGACUGUGGCAGGUGGUGCGGGCACCCACCGGGAAUGGGAUUUGCCCAUCUAUGUAAUGAGUGUUGAACCAGGUGGCGUUAUCAGCAGAGAUGGCAGAAUCAAAACAGGAGACAUCCUGCUCAAUGUGAAUGGAAUUGAUCUGACAUGUGUCAGCCGUGGGGAGGCAGUAGCCCUUUUGAAAAACGUUUCCUCCUCCGUUGUCCUCAAAGCACUAGAACUGAAGGAGUGUGAGACCUCAGAAGAUGGGAGCACAGGUUCAUUGCACGAUGCUCCUUCUAAUACGUCCAGUCCCAGCGAGUGGUCCCCUUCCUGGGUCAUGUGGCUGGAGCUACCACGGUAUUUGUACAGUUGUAAAGACAUUGUAUUACGAAGAAAUACAGCAGGAAGUCUUGGCUUCAGCAUUGUGGGAGGUUACGAAGAAAGGAGUGGAAACAAGCCAUUUUUUAUCAAAUCAAUUGUUGGAGGAACCCCAGCAUAUAAUGACGGAAGAAUCAGAUGUGGGGACCUCCUCCUUGCAGUAAAUGGCAGGAAUAUCUCAGGAAUGGUGCACGCCUGUUUGGCAAGGAUGCUAAAAGAACUGAAGGGGAAAAUUACUCUCACCAUUGUGUCCUGGCCUGGUACUUUUUUAUAAAAUUGUAUUUCACCUGGAGAAAUUCAACAACUAACUGACACAUGAUCAGCCAGCUAUAUGGACAUCUAUUUACUCCACUUUCUGUUCACCUAUUUAAUUGUAAAAGAAAAAGUUGUUCAGUGUAAGUGUGCAUAACACAGAAUGCUUUUAAGGAAAACAAAUCCUUGUAUUAGACAAAAAAAUGCACUUUUAAAAUACAGCCAUCUAGUGCGAUCUUAAAUGCCAGGGUACACGUGCUGAUCUUUGUCUCACUUGUUUGUAUUUUUAUAUCUACUGAAAGCAGAGUAGUAAUGUUUCACCUUAUGUUUAUUAAAAAAAAAGAUACAACUUUC